AUGAGUGAAACAAGUUUGAUUACAUAUUCUGAUAGAGAAAUGGAGUCAUCUCUUAAGGAUUUACUAGAGCGAAUAUUGAUGCAAUUAGAGAAAUAUAUAGAGACCAAAAAUGAUUUAAAUGAAAUUGAAAAAGAACUGAAAGAUUAUGAAAAUUUGACUUAAUUAGUAAACAUAAUUAAAAUUAUCUUCACUAAUUUAAUGUUGAAGAUUGAAAGAAAAAUCCAGUAAGCUUUCGCAAUUAUGAAAGGAAAUUAGAAAAUAGUAUAGAUCCAAAUAUGUCAUAAAAAAGUAUAAGAACAGAAGAUGAAUAUGAAAAAUUAGAAUAAUCAGUUAUUAAAUAUGAGAGUGAGAUUAGGAAUCACAUUAGGGUAUAAAUUUUAGUUUUAAUUAAUCUUAGUUAGAAUAAUAAUUGAAAUUAUAUGCAGAAUCAAUCCAAUAAAAAUUAGAUGAAAGUGAAGCAACAAGAAAUGAAUUAUUAGAAACAACUAAAAAUAUUAUGAAUGUAUAUUAUAUUAAUAAUAUAUUAGAAUUUGAAAAGAGAGAAUCAAAAAUAUUAUGAAGAAAAUCAAUCUUAUCAAUUAGAAAUAGUAUCUCUCAAAGAAUAGAUUUAAUAACUAGAAUUUGAACAAUAAAAGAGAACUAUUGAACUAGAUAAUGUAGAUUAUGAGGUUCAGUAAAUAACUAAAAAUACUUAAUAAAUAAAAGGAUUGGUUUAAAGAAAACCAAAUAGUAAAGAAACGAAUAAGACUAAUUCAUAUUCAGAACAUAAAUUAAGUAGUUAAUUCUAAGAAAGCACUGAUUAUCCUACAUAAUCAUAAGGAUCUUUGAAAUAGAACUAUUUCAAUAUUUUGUAAUAUGGAUAGAAUCAUCAUAUGUAAUAAUCAUAAUAACAAUAAAUUAUUUAACAAUAGGAUUAAAUAAAAAGUUAUUAAAUAAAGCAUAAUUCUAUAUCAUCAAUUAAUGAUUUAAUACAAUAACAUAAUGCAAUUAAAAAUAUCAAAACACAUAUAGGAAAUUAUACAGCAUCAAAAAAUAAUUCUUAAAAUUCAAGUAUGUUACAGAAAAAUAUUCAUUGUAAAAAUAUUUCAAUUCAUCUUUUAUAGAAAGUAUUUAAACAUAACCAAGAAGUAGAAGUGGUAGUACUAAGAGAAAUAUCAAUCAAAAAUAGAAAACAUCUAUUCAUUAAUGAUGAUAGUUAUUAUAACAUUUUUGUAUUCAAUAUUUAACAUAAAUAAUAUAUGAUUAAGGCAUUUGCUUAGAAUUAUUUCAAAUCCUUAUCAGAAAACAUUUACUAUGGAUUUGCAACAAAGAUGCAAGCCAGUUCAACCUAAAAAACUAAGGAUUCUGCAGGUAGAAGAUUGGGAGUAAAGAAAUUUGGAGGAGAAGAAGUUUUUCCAAAUGAUAUUUUAAUUAGAUAAAGAGGUUUUAGAUGGAAACCAGGAUAAAAUACUUCUGUUGGAAAAGAUCAUACUAUUCAUUCUAAAGUCGAAGUAUUUUUAUUUUAUAAUUUAUUUUAAAGGGUAUUGUACAUUUCAGAAGAGAUCCAUAUAAAUUUAAGAAAAUAUUUUAUGUUGAUGUGAUUCCUAGAGAAAAUCCAAAUAGAACUCAUUAUCCUCCACCACCAUACAGUUAUCAUCCAGAAUUGUUUCCUGAAUUGGCUAAGAAUAAUCCUGAACCACUUGUUUUAUUGAAAAAAAGCGAAGAAAAAGUGGAUUUGUAAAUAAAAUACUAUGGCUUUAAAAUUUCAGAAAAAUAAUAUAAACCUAUUGAAAUACCAGUUGAAUAUAAGCCAGAAUUUUCGAUUUCCACUUUGUAAUAACAGUUGAGUAUUAAUAAAUAGUGAUAAUAUAUUAAAACACAAUAAAAAAUAUUCAAAAUAAAAUAUAUGAUUAAACCCUUUAGAGGAACUGAUGGGGCAUAAUAUGCACACAAUUUUAAAAAUACAUAUCUCUCAGAAGCAGAACUUUAAAAACCUUCAAAAGAGGUUAGUGAAUAAAUUGCAAUUCACACAAAGAAACAAUUAGAUUAAUUGGUAUUUUCAAAGUAAUGUGCAACUAUGGGAUAAUUGAGAGCUUCAGAUGGAGCUGCAUAAUAAUAUAUCAAAUACACACCAAAACAAGGUGAUUCAUAAUAGACUGGCUAAGAGAGAAUUGUUAAGUAGAACUAUUCAUUAAUAUUUAAAGAGUUCAAGCUCAAUAAUUGGAUCCUAUGGAACCUCCUCGUUUUAAACAUAAAAGAAUUCCUAAAGGUCCAGGAUCACCACCACCAAUUUAAAUGAGAUCUCCACCAAGAAAAUUAACUUUAAAAGAUCAACAAGAUUGGAAAAUUCCUCCAUGUAUUUCUAAUUGGAAAAAUGCUAAGGGUUAUACAAUCCCAUUAGAAAUGAGAUUGUCUGCAGAUGGAAGAACACUUUAACAUGUAUUUAAUCAUUAUCUAUUUUAAAAAGCAUACUGUAAAUGCAAAAUUCGCUUAAUUAACUGAUGGUCUCUAUAUAGCAGAAAGAUAAUCUAGAAAAGAAUUAGAAGAAAGGAAUAAAAUUUUAAAAUCUAUGCAAUAUAAAGAAUAUUAAGAAAAAGAAGAAGAAAAUAGAUAAAAAGCUAUGGAAGCUAGAUCAAGAAAAAAUCUUCUUUUAGAAUAAACAACUAAAUAAGAAGAUGUUCCUGAAAAUUAAUCAUAACAAGAUAUAUAAGCAAGAGAAGAAUUAAGAUAUUUAAGAAAAAGAGAACUUGAAAGAUAAUUAAGAUAGGAGAAUCAAGGAAAGAAAAGUAAACUUAAUAGAGAUAAUGACAGAGACAUUAGUGAAAAAAUAGCUUUAGGUUAAGCAUAACCUACUACUUAAAAUACUUUAUAUGAUUAAAGAUUAUUUAAUUAAACACAAGGAGUAAAUCAUGGAUUUGGAGAUGAAGAUGAAUAUGAAGCAUUCGAUAAACCCUUAUUCAAUGAAAAACCACGAGCAAAUCUAUAUACUGGUAUUCAAUAAGGUGAAGAAGAUAAUAAGUAUUCAUACUGAAAUAUCUUUAGUAAUAAGAGUAUAAGAAAUGUUCCAGUCUAAUUUGAAAAAGCUGACAAUAUUUUUGGUAUGGAUUCAUUUAUUGCUGAUCCUGUUGUUAAAAAGGUUAAGCUUGAUUGAGC